GAACAAUGCAUUUUGUUUUAUUUUUCUUAAUCAGCAUUAAAUUAAUAAGCCUACACCUCUAAAUAUUACCACGAUAUCAAAUUUUGCGCGUAAUAAUGAUUUAUUUAUAGCCCGUUAAGUGUUCUUUUUUGUUUUUUUUUUGUGCGUUACUGUUUAUUUCCUUUCUUGUCCAAUAAAAUGUUUGGAAGGCCAAGAUGCAGGGAAUGGACACCAUUAACAACCCAGCAACUUCGUCUUCGCAGCUUGAUACAGAUCGUGGGAUACAACAUAAGGCCACCAGAGUGGUGCACUCACCAAUGCAGCUACUACCUGACGUUGCACCACACCACAAUGUCAGCUCCGUUCUACACAAGUGAGAGGAUAUGCUCACCGCAUCCUAAAUGGAAGGAGAUUGAUUCUGAAAAAACGCAACGCAUGUCCUCCACAAAUAUUGUUAUAAGAAUAUGGUGUCACAUAUUGUUGCCGCCUUCGAAGGACGACGAAGACAAAUGCCAACAGAUGCAGGACACCGUCAUUCAGACUUGGGGCAUAUACUUCAGUGGCCUUAGAUACAUCGGGGCCAAUUUAUCCCUAAACUUUACCUCUGAUUGCUUUAAAAGUAACACUCUAGUAUUCCAAAUGCACGGCGGAUAUUUCUGCUCUUACAAGAGUCUGAAAUUGGACGUCAUUCCACCCGAGAACGAGAUGGAACAAGGUUCUUUAUCCUCCGAUUCGUCGGGCAAAACUAGUUGUUUCAGAAUUACGUUAGAAUCUAAAGUCAUACAGAAUUAUAAGCUCAUGAAAGAAUCUAGAUCCGUUUCUCCCGGGAGGUUCUCGAAGAUGUCUGAUAAGGAAUAUUCGAAGAGCCACAGUCCAGUAGACAGAGGGUUUAAACAGAAUUUCCCCACGUUAAAGAACUCUUCUAGUUUGACCACGUCUUUUAGUAAUAGAGAUAGAAGAGACGAUAGUGUUGAAAGGAGAAAGAUAGACGUAAAUCCAAAUCACAUAUACGAACAUUCUCCAGACAACGUCGAUGUUAGACAAUUAUCAACGAGCGAACUUAACUGUGAUAUUAAUACUUCCCAAGAAGAACUGUCGAAUAAGAUAGAUUUGAGUGAGACAGCAGAGAGUUAUGAUCUAAGGAACGAAUCGGAUGUACCGAAGUACAGGUAUUUGGCGAUAAAUUUCCUCAAAUCGGAAAUCAGGCCGAGCUACAAUGCAACGAAACUCCAAAACCUCCAUUUACUGCAGUACUCAAUCAAAAAGCGGCAAGAGGCAGUCCAAGAAAUCAAAGAGAGGAUUUAUAAAAAGUCCGCAUUAACUGAAAGUCUUUCUCCUGAUUUUGAGCUCAAAUUAAAAGGGAAAAGCAGAUCGUACCGUAAUAUAUUCUCGCCUGAUGAUAAUAAUGAGUUGAAAGUGAAAUCGUCUUCCCAAAGUGAUCUGACGGUCAAAAAUGGUAGGAUACAGGAAGAUAGGACUCCUACGUCUAAUGGACCAAGGCUCACUUUGAAAUUAAAUGAUCUCCUGUCAUAUAAGUCUAAACCAUCGCCUUAUCAAAGGGCGGAAUAUUUGAGGCUCACAAAGCAAUUAGAGAUAUUGCAUUUCAAAAGGCUGAUACUGUCUGACGAGAGGGACAGCAAAUUGGCAAACAUAAGAAGACUGAAAGAGACGCACGCUAAACUGUUUGAAGAAAAUCAGGAUGUAGGUUCGGAACUAAUGCAAAACUAUCACGCAUUGUCCCGUAGAACGGAACAGUUGAAAGAGACCCGCGAGUCUUGCUACGCGCUGCGAGAGUUGGCGGCACGAGCGCACGCGGCGCUAGCGAGUCGCAGGAGCGAUAUGCUGAUGGACUUGCAUAAGAUAUUCUAUGUGGAACAUACAGAAUCAAACACGUGGACUAUCUGUGACAUUCCAUUACCGAUCUGCGGGGAUGACAGUCCCCGGGCAUCGAACCCCGUCCCCGACUCCGUGGCCGCCGGGUUCGUGGCCCAGGCGACGUCGCUGACGGCGGCCAUUUUGAAUCAACCGUUGAGAUACAAAAUCACGCUUUUAGGUUCGGCUAGCAAGAUAUUGGAUAUCACUCCUGAUUUACCUGAUCCAAAUAUACCCCUGUUUGCGCGGGGAGGAGACAUAACCCUGUUCCGUUACGCCCUGUUCCUGCUGAACAAGUGCAUAGCGCAGCUGCUGUGGGGCAGGGGGCUGGUCGUGUACGACAUGAGACCGACGCUGGCCAAUCUGCAGCGUCUGUUGACUACGCCUAGUAAUUUGUCGGACACGUCGAAGCUGUUCGGCACAUACCGCUGGUUAGAGGACAGUCAGUGCGCGCGCACGCAGUCGCUGCGUAACCUCGUACCCUCCGAGAGGAAGUACCGACCCUUCAACCGGUUUAAGGAAUGCGUUGAUUCACAUUUGCCGCAAAAGAGUUUCAGUCGGCGGCACAAGCAUUCUCGAAGUGUUGGCAGCUAUCACGAUGAUCAGGAUUUAUCUGCGUUGAACGAUUCAACGUUGUCAAUAAUGGGUUCUGAGUCGAACAUAUACAAUAUGAAGCUGGCCAAAUCCGACUGUUCGCAAAACCUGAAACAACACAGUUCUGACUCAGAAAUUACUAACAUUGAAUGUAGGUUAGAUACAGAAAGAGUUCAGUUCACUUUAGGUGACGAUACGGACUUAGAAGAGAAACUAGUGCGCCUUUCGACAAACAACGACGACGAAGUUACAUGUUCGACGUGUAUGGACGAGAACGUUAAACGGAUUUGUUCCGAAAUAACGAGUUAUUGUUCGAACACGUCGAAAAGUGGUUACGAUUUGCCGCAAAGUGGUUACGACUUGCCGCAAAGUAAUUACGACUUGCCGAAAAGUAAUUACGACUUGCCGAAAAGUAAUUACGACUUGCCGCAAAGUGGUUACGAAUUGCCGCAAAGUAAUUACGAUUUGCCGCAAAGUGGUAUCGAUAUAGCGAAGUAUAUGGACAGACAAACUAGUGUUGAGGUACAAGACUGCGGUGAUUGUGAUAGUGGGGAGAAUGUAUGCGAAUUGGGAUGUGCUAUUGAUGUUCGGGACGUUAUUGUUAUACCCAGCGCGGAAGCCAUCUUGGAUACGGGUCAAAAUUUGAAUUUGGAAGGGCAGGAUGUGUCGUAGGAUUGGUCGAAUUUUGCAGGCUCCGACGAACAAAUGCGCUUUCUGUACGGAUUUCCGACUUUUGGAACGAUGUUCCUUAUCGCGCGUUGCGAAAGGGGGCUAGACGACAUAGACACUAGAUAGACAGCUGGUGAGCUCUAGAGUGAUAGCGAUUGCGAUAGCGAUUGCGAUUGCGAUUGCGAUAGCGAACUUCGUUCUACCCAGGUGUCCUUUGACCCCUCUCAAGUUUUUUUUAUUUUUUGUCGAAAAUGGGAAAAUGAAAUUGUUCAUUACAUGGGAGAGUGAAAAGAUAAGUGUACUUGUAAAUUAAGUUUUGUUAUUUAAUUACAUAAGAAAUUUAUAUAAUAAAAUAGUGAUUAUUGUCAAUUUUUGACUUUGCCAUAAUCUAAUUUUCAAUUGUUGUAGUUGAUAAAAAACAUUUACUAUCACAAAAAUAUGAUAAUCCAUUCUUAUAUUAUAAAUACCGAUAGCGAGAUUGUUUAUUACACUUCCGCAGGUAAACCAUUAAACCGGUUUUUUUCUUCUACAAAUAUUAUCAGCUACGUUAUCAGCGAGUAACAUACGCUAUAUUUUAAUCCUGUGUUCUCACGGGUUCUCGAAUUCUUGCACCUGCUAGUAUUUGUUAUAUUUAAAAAAUCUGGGCCUAUAGCCAAGUGGCACGUCGACACUCUACAAUCGCUAACGCUUUGAAAACUAAAAGAAUGUAUGGGAAUGGCAGAUCCGAUCGAUAACUUAAUCACGUGGCUUGUCGCUGACGAAUGUCAUUCUCAUACAAUUUUUUAUUUUCGUAACGUUUGCGAUUGUAGAUAGAGAAUCGACGUGCCACAUGUCUACAAUCCCUGUACACUUUAGAUUGCAAUUUUGCGGCAUACUUAAGUAUGUUGCGGAAAUUUUGUGCGGAAUUUUGCAUUUGUUCGUCGAAGCCGGUCUUUGACGGUAAUAGACAAUAUUAUUUAUUUAUGUAUAACCUGUUUCGUGAUAAAAUUAUUAUAAUUAAUUUAAUGUUAGAUACGUUACGAAUAUACUCAGAGUGGGACGCCAUUUUGAAUUGUAUGAGAUUUUGAAUUUGGAACAAAAUGGUCGAAUUUAAAUUCGCUUAUUAGGUUAGGUUUUCUUUCUUGAGGCCUCGCCAUUUUACCGUGUAUGUAAAAUAGACUUUAUUGAUUCAACAUAAGGUUGCCUUUCGUUUAGAGCAGGGUUUCUCAAAGUAAGGUACGCGAACCCCUAGGGGUUCGCCAUUCGACGGCAGGGGUUCGCGACAAGAUUUACGUAACUGAUACCAAGUCUGAAUUAAGGUUAAAAUUGUCCAAAAUUACUCCUCACAUUGAAUCCAUUAACGACAAGAAACAAGCACAGCCAUCACAUUAAUAUUGCAAAGACAUUUCUUUUGAUACUUUAUAUGCUACCUUUUAUCUAUACUAAUAUUAUAAAGCUACUAGUCUACUAGUAUUCAAAAACCUUAUUUUCAUCAACAGUCAAAUUUAUUUUUUCUUUGGAGGAGGGGGGGUGGGAGUGUUUCAUUAGUUAGUAAGAAGGGGUUCGCUUUCACUUGGAAAUUUUAACAGGGGUUCGUGGGGCCGAAAGUUUGAGAAACCUUGGUUUAGAGGGUUUCAUAAUACAUUUUAUGUACAUACAUUCUGGUGUUAUAUCAGCGGAAGAUAUAGGAAAAUAUAAAAAUUGUGUAUCAUACUAUAAAAAUUAAAAGUUUUAUAUAUCCUAAAAUAAAGAUUCAAUAAAUUCAAAUUGUUAAUAGUUUUUUUAACGAGCUGUUAGUGACGUCAUUACAUUUUUCGAGUUUUCAGUAACGCAGGGUAUCAAAUCCGUAUCACGAGGUUACAUAAAAAUAUUAGGGCCAAUAGCCAUGUGGUGCGUCGAUUCUAUUUCUACAAUCACAAACGCUUCGAAAAUCAAAAAAAAAUAUUGGAAUGACAUUUGCUUUUGACAGGUCACGUGAUCAAGUUGUCUUUCGGAUCUGUCAUUCACAUAGAUUUUUUUUAAUUUUCGAAGAGUUAGCGUUUGUAGAAAGAGAAUCGACGUGCCACAUGGCUACAGGUCUUGGGCCGCCAUAUUAGAUUUGGAAUGACGUUGAUUUAGCUUACCAUGCAUUGUCUUUCAAAUCACAUACGUGUUUGAACAAAUUCAGGCCAACUUUUGAGCAAAACACCCUUAAAUAAAAAGUUCUGUAAAUACUACCAAUGCAAUUACAAUUAAAACUAGUAGCGUGAUUUUUCAUUUAGCGUUACUAAGGCUCAUAACUCAUUAGAUCCAUCUGGCACUUAAUCUACGGCGCCUCGCUUCGUGCGGUUAGUAUUCUUUAUAUCAACUUCUAUGGACGUGGUGUGUAUAAGAUACCUAAUGAAAAAAUAAAUUUUACAUAAUAUAAAUUCCUUGUUCAAUGCAGGUUCGUUAUGAGUUCUCUGUGUAGUCAUAAUUUUGCAUGUAUGAAGUGCAUGCCACUGGGUGCCCGAUGGUUCUCAUUCCUUGGCUGCAAGGGCGAUGUUCAUAUGUGGUCAUGCAUUUCCGAAUGAAUAUGAAAAAAAAGAGGUAUGGGUAGUAUAAUCACAAAGAAGUUAGCUAUUCUGUGAGUACCUCCUACUUACAUAUGUACUUUAAGUAGUACCUACAUCUGUACUUUGAGUCGUCGUCGUCGUCAUCAACCCAUAUUCGGCUCACUGCUGAGCUCGAGUCUCCUCUCAGAAAGAGAGGGGCAAGGCCAAUAGUCCACCACGCUGGCCCAAUGCGGAUUGGCAGACUUCACACACGCAGAGAAUUAAGAUAAUUCUCUGGUAUGCAGGUUUCCUCACGAUGUUUUCCUUCACCGAUUUAGACACGUGAUAAUUAAUUUCUUAAAAUGCACACAACUGAAAAGUUGGAGGUACAUGCCCCGGACCGGAUUCGAACCCACACCCUCCGGAAUCGGAGGCCGUGGUCAUAUCCACUGGGCUUUCACAGCUUUACUCUGAGUAGUACCUACAUCUGUACUUUGAGUAGUACCUACAUAUGUGCUUUAAGUAGUACAGAUGUAGGUAGGAGGUUAAUAAACUUAAACGCGGUUAACUUACUUAGCGCGUAAGCCCGCAUUUAUCUUAUACUGCAUCAUCAAUCGUCACUUAUCAUCAGUUGAGAUCGCAAUUAAGGCCCAAUUUAUCAUUGAAAAAAAAUAUUAGACCGCACACGCUCUACCUUCGCAAUAUCGUAUGCGGUGCAGCCAAGGCAUAAUGAGCUAUGACCUUAAUCGUCAAUAAGCAAAUUACAUAAUUAUGAAAUGAACUUUUUGCAUUCAUGUAACUUUACCUUAUAAGGAAAUACAAAUGUAUGAGCAAUAUAAUAUUCUAAAGAUUUAUAACAAUAGAUAUUUGAAUAAUAAUAUUACAUAAUAUAUACCUUAAUACAGAGAUAAACAAUAAGCCUUUGUUAUUAUUAAAUAAAUUAUUUUCUUUCUAAAA